UCGGGUUGUACGUCUGACUUCUGACAGCUCCUCUGAGCCGCUGUGGCUCGCUAAAGUAAUAACUUUACUUCUUUGGACUUGUGGAGGAGCGCCUUUCUGCUGUUAACUCCUUUCUUUUUGUUUUUAUGGUGGAGCAGGAUUGAGAUUCUCGGACAGAUAGCACUAUGCAUCUGGUGAGCGGUGUCACAAUGUGCCUCGGUGUUUUCGGGGCCAUCAGACUGCUCCCCCUUCCCUGGCUCUGCGGCCUCCUGGCAGGGCUGGGGCUCUGCAUGGUGUGCAGGGGCUCCUUCAGGUUCAUACAUGUAGCUCUACGUACCAUCAAAAGAGACCUAAUGUGUCUGGUCGUUAUCCUGCGAGUGAGAUUUUCCAUGUACCGUAAUCUGCGAAAUAGAAGCACCAUCCCCGCACUGUUUGCCCAGAUGGUGACACUGCACCCAGACAAACCUGCUUUGAUCUAUGAGGCUACGGGAGAGGUUUGGAGUUUCAGGGAGCUGCAAGAGCGGUGCCACGCUGUGGCUCACUGGGCGCUGGCACAGGGAUGGGCUGAGGGAGAUGUGGUGGCCUUGUACAUGGAGAGCCAGCCCUUAGUUGUUGCUCUGUGGUUGGGUCUGGCUAUGGUCGGCGUGGAGGCUGCACUCAUCAACCACAACCUUCGACAGCACUCCUUGCUGCACUGUGUCGGUGUGUCUGCUGCUCGGGCAAUGGUGUUCGGGACAGAGAUGAGAGAAGCUGUGUCAGAGGUCAGUGCCUCCCUGCACCCCAACAUGGUUUUGUUCAGCAGUGGUGAGCAAGACGAUGAAGAGGCGCUCCGGAGCCUCCAGGUUCAGAGCUUGGAUACCCUGCUAGACCGUGCGCCCGCACACCCACCACGUUACACACUCAGAAAGGACUUCAAUGACAGACUUUUCUACAUCUACACCUCUGGUACGACAGGAAUGCCGAAAGCAGCUGUGGUGGUGCACAGUCGGUAUUAUCGCAUCGUUGCCUUUGGUUUCCACUCCUUUGGCUUACGUCAUGAUGACAUCGUCUACAACUGCCUCCCUCUGUAUCAUUCUGCAGGUACCAUCAUGGGUGUAGGCCAGUGUUUGCUGUUUGGUUUGACUGUCGUAAUCAGGAGGAAGUUUUCAGCCAGUCGCUUCUGGGAUGACUGUGUCAAACACAACUGCACUGUAAUUCAAUACAUAGGUGAGAUUUGUCGUUACCUAUUGGCCCAGCCGGUGCGUUCAUCUGAGGAACAUCACCAGGUGCGUCUUGCACUUGGUAACGGCCUCCGUCCGUCAGUGUGGGAAGAGUUUGUCCAGAGGUUCAGAAUCCGUCGAGUGGGGGAAUUUUAUGGCGCCACAGAGUGCAACUGCAGCCUGCUUAACAUCGACGGAAAGGUGGGGGCGUGUGGCUUUAACAGUCGCAUACUGCCCAGCUUUUACCCCAUCAGACUUGUCAGGGUGGAGGAGGAGGAGAACGGAGAGCUGCUCAGGGAUUCACAGGGGCUCUGUGUACCCUGUCUUCCUGGGGAGCCAGGCAUGUUAGUGGGACGCAUCAACAGCACUGAUCCACUCCGGAGAUUUGAUGGCUACGCUGAUAAGGACUGCACCAAUCGGAAAAUAGCUCACAAUGUCUUCAAAAUGGGGGACUCUGCUUAUGUCUCAGGUGACAUCCUGGUGAUGGAUGAGUAUGGCUACAUGUAUUUCAGGGACCGCAGCGGUGACACAUUUCGUUGGAGAGGGGAGAACGUUUCCACCACAGAAGUGGAGGGAGUCCUCAGCCACCUGCUGGGACACACUGUUGUAGCUGUCUAUGGAGUUUCUGUUCCAGGUGUGGAGGGGAAAGCCGGUAUGGCAGCAAUAGCUCACACAGACGGCCAGUUUGACCUUGAAGCGUUCUUGAUUGCAGUACAGAAAGCCCUGCCUUCCUACGCUCGCCCCGUGUUUCUGCGACUCAUGCCAUCUGUUGACACUACUGGUACCUUCAAAAUCCAGAAGACACGGCUGCAGAGGGAAGGAUACAAGCCGCAAGACUCCGAUGAAAAGAUUUAUUUCCUGAACGGUCGUGCUGGGCGUUACGAGGCUGUUACUGAUGAACUAUAUAAUGCCAUCAUGGAGGAGAGAGUGUGUCUAUGAAACAGGAGGAGAGUGAGAAGGUACAGACCACUGAAGAGGAUAGUGUGUAUAUUUCAAAGAGGGAAAAAACACAGGGAUGUAUCUCUAAAUACUAAUGGAAUUUCAUACUUUUUUGUAAUUAAACACAUCUAUUUUUUUAAAACCAAA